GAAAGAGAAGAUGGCAAGUACUUCUGCAAAAUCUUUCCACAUUCGUUCCACUAGCUUUCCCUCAAAGUCCCAUCCAAACUUUGCCAGAGUCCAGGAGUGCCUUCAUCUGGUUAAGGUAUGGGAAGCCUGCCCAUCAAGGAAAGCACAGUUUGUAACCAGACUUGGGCACCUCAAGGACCUUUACGCCUCUGUCAAUGCCUUCCUGCAGCUCCCCCUCACUCAACAGGCUCUCUGUGGCAAAGAGAGUUUGGUGAGGGAGUUGAUGGAUGAUUUCCUCGGCUUAAUGGAUGCCUGCGGCAUGCUGAAGGACUCAUUGCUGCACAUGAGGGAGCAACACCAAUCCCUUCGAUCCAUGCUGCGAAGAGGCGACUCUGGUUUGGAAGCUGGCAUCUGUGCAUACCAGUGCAGCAGGAAGAGGAUGAAGAAGGACAUGGACAAGUGCCUCAGACUGCUCAGAAGUGUAGAGAAGCAUGCUUCCUCAUCCAGUGACAACCUUGAUGUGGUUGAUCAAGUCUUCAAGGAUGUGAGAGCUGCAACGAUUUCUAUCUUCAUCCACUUAAGUUCAAUAUUUUCUGCGAAAAAGGCAACACAGUCCAUCUUUUCAAGGUUAUUGAGUUCCAAGAACCGUGACGCAGAAGCUGAUGAAGAUGGAGUUAGUGAAAUAGAAAAGGCAGAUAUAACUAUAUUUAAACUCCAUGACAAGCCAUCCAAGACCGUAAGUCAGGAAGAUGCCCGAGAUGCACAAAGGCAGAUGGAAGCAUUGGAUGUCAGCUUGAUGGAAACAGAGGUGGAAUUAGAGGAUGUCUUGAGAUGUAUGAUCCAAGCCAAAGUCUCCCUCCUCAACAUCGUCGCUGGGUGUUGAGUUCCACACUUUGUCCAUCUAACCAUCUGAUCUUUAGCAUCCGCAUUUUACAGGAUUGCUAAGAAUCCAGAUUGUCAAUUUUGUACAAUUAUAAAUACAUGAACAUAUAUCAAUAUAAAGUGAAAUAUGUUUCUCUUA